GUCAAUUUGGGCCGUUCACUUGGUCACAUGGCAUUUUUUAUAUUUUUUUUUAUGACAUGGCGAGCACUACUUAAAAAGAUACUUAUCUGGACUUUUUUUUUUAUGACAUGUCAUCUUCAUCUUCUUUACGCAAAAUCCCUCCAAUGGAUUCCUGCAAACUGGUCUCUCAUCUUCACCACCUGCAAAAUCGAUCUUAACCCAUUUCUUCUUAUUCUCUGAAUGCUCUCUCAUCUCCACUCCAUCUACAAAAUCGAUUUUAACCCAUUUCUUCUUCUUACGUGAAUGCUCUCUCAUCUCCACUCCAUCUACAAAACUGAUCUUAACCCACCCAUUUCUUCUUCUUCUCUUUUCUCGAGAAACUGGGUUUCAUUGAAAACUCAAACCUGGCAGAUCUUACCAAAUCAAAAUAACUCUUCAAUAAACAAUACCAAUCAAACUCUAAUCAAAUUUCAACAAAAAUACAAUCAAACUUUAAUCAAAUUCCAACAAAAAUGCAAUCGAAUUAUAAAUCAAUCUCCAAAUAUAUUAACAACUGGAAAUGGAAAUCGAAAGAAGAACGCAAAAACAAGAACCAAGCUUUCCCAGCAAAGCUGGGUUCGGUUGAAGGCUGGGUUCCGACGAACCCAGCCUUGGCUGGUUGCGAACCCCCCAGCAAGGCUGGGUUACUGAGCAAGGUUUCAACGGAACCCAGCAAAGCUGGGUUCGACGGAACCCAACCUUGCUGGGUUCGUCGAAACCCAGCCUUGGCUGGUCGUGAACCCAGCAAGGUUGGGUUUUAAUGGAACCCAGCUCGACGGAACCCAGCCUUGCUGGGUUCGUCGAAACCCAGAUCUGCUGGGUUCCGAUGAACCCAGCCUUGGCUGGUCAAUGAACCCAGCAAGGCUGGGUUUCAACCCGAAGGAAAGAAAGAGAAAAAAAGAAGGGGAAGAAGAGGGAUUGGGAGGGUGAAGGUGAGGAUGAGGGUAAUAAAGUAAUUUUAUAUGU